UAUGAAUUUAUCUUACUACCUCCAAAACGAGAGCGUUUUAGCGGGUGCGAUAGCGCAAAUAUUUCAUAAAUAGCAGCUUAUAAAUCUAGAUUCUUGCUUUUGUUUAAAUGGCUUCGGAGUUCCCUAGCCCCCAGCCAAUCUAAGAACUAUAGAAACCCUCGUCUUGUCCUAAAUAUUCUACAAUGGCCGCUACCCCCAACCCACUCGCCUCAUCCGGCAGUGCCCCCGUGCCAAGCGUCUCGCGCAGCACACUUACUGUCUCCGGAUUGAAGGUCGACGUAUAUGGCCUGGCGGAGCUACACCCGGCCGCGACCAAUGUAUCAUGUCUGUGGCUGCACCAUCCGCGUUUGCGCAGCAAGGAGGACAUGACCAAUAUCGCGGGCCAAGUCCUGUCUGCGUAUCAUCAGAAGCAGACUACGAGGGGCCUCAUUGCUGUCGCUUUUGAUCAGAGGAAUCAUGGGACGCGACUUGUGGAUGAGUUAGCGAAUGAGGAUUGGCGCCGCGGGAAUAAGACUCAUGCUCAAGAUAUGCUUGGAACUAUCACUGGUACUGUUGUAGAUAACAUAAAUCUACUCGAUCUGCUGCCCGGCUAUCUCUUUGGCAACGGAGACGGUCCAGGCGCCUCGUCUAAUGGUGGAAAGAGGCACAUCGAUCAUAACUUGGUGCUUGGUAUUAGUCUCGGUGGACAUACUGCCUGGCAAUUACUAUUCGCGGACCCUAGAGUUACGGCUGGUGUUAUGGUGAUCGGGUGUCCUGAUUACAUGAAUCUCAUGAAAGACCGCGCGCGACUAUCCAGGUUAGAAACAUAUGGGCAAUCCGAUGAAGGUGCGUCUUUCUUCGGCAGCAAAGACUUCCCGGAUGCAUUAGUAGCCACAUGCAACAAAUACGAUCCCAAAACCAUAUUAUUCGGGAUGGAUGCGCCCUACGCAUUGGAAGCGGAAGUGUCGGCUCGUAAAUUCACACAAGCGAAUAUUACGGGAAAGAGGUUCCAAAUCCUUUCUGGCGGCGCGGAUAAGCUUGUCCCGUAUUCAGCCAGCGAACCUUUCCUCCAGCAUUUCAAGGCGGCUACAUCGGCGGCAAAUAUUUAUGUGGAAGACAAUGUCUACCUAGGGAUUGGCCAUCAAUUCACUCCUAAUAUGAAAAACGAUGCAGUGCGAUUCAUUCUCGAUAGCGUGGCUCUAGCAGACCCCACUGCGCCUCCUAAGAUUUAGUUUCAGUACAUGAA